UUAAAAAUAUUUGAUCUUGAUGAAAGGUUGUUUGGUCGUUGGGGGAGGGGAUAUAAGAUUAGCAGAGAGAAAAAAUGACUGCAACUAAGAGCAUCUCCUCCCUUCUCCUUGUUGACUCUUCUUCUUCUUGCUUCGUCCCUCCGGUUCCACGAUUCCUGACUCUUCGAAUCGCGCCUACAACUACCCUAAGACCAACAACCACCACGCUCCGCAGGUCUCCUCCUCCUCAGAGGAGUCUACCGUCUGCACUGGCAGUCAUGUUUCCGGACAAUUCGGUCCUGUCGGACGUGUGCGCGUCGGGGAUCACCAGCGUCGUGGCGGUCUCUUGCCUCGGGUUCUGGGGAGAGAUUGGCAAGCGCGGCAUCUUUGAACAGAAACUUAUCAGGAAGCUUGUGCACAUCAAUAUUGGUCUUGUUUUUAUGCUUUGCUGGCCACUCUUCAGUUCUGGACCCCAAGGAGCGCUUUUCGCUUCUCUUGUACCUGGACUCAAUAUAUUAAGGAUGCUCCUCCUUGGUCUUGGAGUCUACCAAGACGAAGGUACCAUCAAGUCUAUGAGCAGACACGGUGAUCGCAGGGAACUCCUUAAGGGACCGCUUUAUUACGCACUCUCUAUCACAUCCGCCUGUUUCUUCUACUGGAAAACAUCCCCCAUCGCUAUCGCAGUGAUAUGCAACCUCUGCGCUGGAGAUGGUAUGGCUGACAUUGUUGGGAGGCGGCUCGGAACAGAGAAGCUCCCUUACAACAGAAACAAAUCAGUAGCUGGUAGCAUUGGUAUGGCAAUCGCAGGGUUCUUAGCAUCUGUUGGUUAUAUGUACUACUUUGCUUCAUUUGGCUACAUGGAGAAUAGCGGGUGGGAUCUGAUUCUUCGCUUCCUAAUCAUCUCUAUAGCAUCUGCUCUUAUAGAAUCACUACCGAUAAGCACCGACAUAGACGACAAUCUCACCAUUCCCUUAACCUCUGCCUUGGUCGGUACUCUACUCUUCUAAUACAGAGUCGUCCAGCUUGAUUACCUCUCUAUGCAGUAAAAAAAAAAGAACUAAAAGUUCUUGUAUAUGUACUAGUUAGUGAAAAGACAUCAAAUUGUUGAUGUUGUCCAGGAUCUUAUUUGUCGGCUGCAAUUGCAGUUUGGUACAAUGUUGUAAUGUAGUGAAGAGAUAUAGUGUACUACUAACAUACGCUUCUACAA